CUCGUGUUACAAUGCAGCUCUGACAAAGUGUUGGUGCGGCGCGAGCCGCCAUUUCAAAGCAGAAUAAACACACGGGAUUUACGGACGGUUAUAAACAAUAUCAGUGAAUAUUUGUGAAGGUUCGUUGUUUUGAAAAGCUCUCGGUGUUUUAAGAUGGAUGCUGAAACACAGCAGGUGGAGGAGACAACAGAAGUGAAGGCCACAGACACGCCCACAAAGGAGGAGCCUGUAACUGAUAGCAAGUCCAGGGGUCGUGGAGUGAAGGGCCGCGGCAGAGGUGGUCGGAUGGGCCGCGGAGGUCGCGGCGGGCGAGGAAUGAUGCUGAUGAAAGGGUUUAGACCUCCGGGUCACAUGAGAGGCAGAGGCCGCGAUGGGUUCUCAAACGGAUUUGUACCCAUGAGGAGGGGCAUUGGUAGAACAUGGCCGUAUCCAGACAUGCGUGGCCGGAGAGGUAGAGGCGGUCCAAUGGGAAUGCACUUAGGUCUGCCCCCUCCCCCGCCCCCGCCAAUGCGCAUGAGAGGACCUCCUCCCCCCAUGCACAGGCACGGCCCACCUCUGCCUCCACCACCGGGGCACCCGGGCUUCAGAGGGCGGCCCCCACAUCUGAGAGGGCGGGGCAUGAUGCCACCCGGCCCUCCACGCUAUUUCCACCCCAGAGGCUACCACAACGGAUCGGCCCCUCCAAUGCCCCACCCGCCUCCAGGCAGGGGCCAGCGCUGGCCAGGGCCCCCUGGUGGCCGGAGGUUUUAACGCACCUCAGACGUAGUUAAAAUCUGUAGCGUUUAUGCCCACCGAAUCAUUUCUGUCCGAACAGACUCGCAGGUCCUGUAACAAAAUACACCACCUUUUUCUGUUACUGUAUUUGAAGAAAAAGCCCCAAAAAAACAUUUAAAAGCACUCUCACUCUGAAGAAGACAAGGACACAUGUUCUUAAGUUGAUAUAAAUUUUAAGUGUAUUUCAUGAGACUUUUACUCCUAAGUGUUGUCUAGUCUGCGUGGUGCUAUUCCUGUGAGCCUUGAUACGAAGCAAUGAAAGUGCAUUUUAGAGAAUGAGAAGUUAAGAGACUGUCAAUAUGAUAUUUCUGUAGUCUUUGGACCUCUCAGAUAUGUCAGAUAAUGUCAGAUCACUGACCUUCCCCCCACAAUAUGUUCUCCAUGUGUAGUGCUCAUGAAUUAUUAAUGGUUAAAUCAUAAAUGUGCAGCUACUUGAAGUCAAGUAAAAAUAUUGCUGUUAAAAAGUAUUCAAGUUUUUUUGUCCUAAGCGGUCCACACUGUUGAAUUAUAUUCUGUUAAAAUCACAAUUACAUGGAUUCAUUAGCCAUCACAGUAGAGUAGUGCUACAGUUCUUUAAUUAAAUAUUUUUCUUGCUUUUCUAGUUCAAAGCUAGUUUCAACAGUAUUUCAUUAAAAAUAGUAAAAAUAAAAUAAAAAAAUCUUCUGUGUUUUUGAAGUGUUAUGACACAUUAACAUAUUGUAACUGCUAAAGUCAUGUGAAUUUUGUGAAUGUAAAUUGAACGGAUAACAGCUUAGUUUUGAAAAACAAAAUAAAGUUAACAUAAAAUGA